AUGCCUCGCUUCAGGAGAUACCGCGUCUUCGUCGCCUGUGCGCUCUUUCUCGUCUUUCUCCUCUACCGCGUGUCGAGCAACUCUGCUUGGGACGAAGACUUCGAGUCUCAGUUCCAGUAUGUCGCUGCUGUCCUGCCCAACCCUGGCCGUACCAGACCUGCUCAGGAUGGCGGCUACAGCAGCAGCGGCGGCGGUGGUGGUGGUAGCCUCUCUGCUCAGACACAGACGAUGCCCCACCCACCGCCAGAUAGUGGCGAAGGGGGCAGGCCUGACGACGAUAAAGUAGUCAAGAUCCCCGAGCUGAAGUCCGGUCCCGUGGCAGACGACAACACGUACGCCCUGCCGGCUGCCAACGACCGUAUCUCGGUGGAUGCAGCAGGUGGGAACAGCCCGUCACUCGUCAACGCCGCUGGCGCUCCAGACCGGCAGCCUGGCGAGGUGCAGGAUAACCCGCUCCAAGUCCAGGACCCGCCAGGCAGGUACGAGCCUGGCACGACCUUUAGCGAACCGAUUCACUGGAUCAAGCAGGUUGAGCGCUUCCCCAUUGAGGAGGACUCGUUAAUUCCGCUGCCCAGCGGCACGCCUAGGUCGAUCCCUACGAUCCAGCACAGCUUCGGACCAGAGACGGACGAGGCCAGGGCGAGGCGAGAGGAUCGCCUAGACCAGAUCAGGAUGGAGGCACAGAUCGCCUGGGCUGCCUACAGCCAGUACGCCUUUGGACAUGACGAGCUCCUCGUCUCGGGCAUGAGCUCCCGGGACCCGUUCUGCGGCUGGGGCGCGACGCUGGUGGACUCCCUGGACACGCUGUGGAUCAUGGGUCUUAAGGAUGAGUUUGAGGAGGCUUACAGCGGCCUGAACGAUAUCGACUUCACGACUACCAAUCGUAAUGAUAUCCCCGUCUUCGAGACCACGAUCCGCUACCUGGGCGGACUCCUGGCUGCCUACGACGUGACGGGCGGGCACAAGGGCGACUAUCCACUGCUCCUCAAGAAGGCUGUCGAGCUGGCAGAGGUGCUGAUGGGGGUCUUCGACACGCCCAACAGGAUGCCCAUCCUGUACUACCAGUGGAAACCAGCCUAUGCCUCGCAGCCCAAGCGCGCCAGCACCAGGGCCGGCAUAGCAGAAGUUGGCACCCUGUCCAUGGAGUUUACCAGGCUGGCGCAGCUGACCGGCAAGGACAAGUAUUACGACGCUGUUGCCCGCAUCACCAAUGCCCUAGAAGAGUGGCAGAAUCGCGAUGAUCACACGGCGUCGCUGAUCCCGGGUAUCUUUCCCGAGAAUAUCGAUGCCUCGGGCUGCAACAAGACCGCGAAAGCCAAUAAGUCGCUUGACAGCGCCAGUUCCCUCGCCAAGCAACAAGCGGCAGCAGCAGAGGACAGCGCACUACAUGAGCCUGAAGGCUACAACCCGAAAAAGGCAGCAAAAUCCCCCGAGAUAGAACUACGCGACAACGACCAUAUCAGCGGCGCGUACAAGGGAGGCUCGAGCAGCCGCUCGAGCAGCAGCGGCCGCGGCCCUGUCCAGGAGCCUCUUGGGGCGGAUGGCCUGCCUACCGACUGGGAAUGUGAGGCCCAAGACCUCGCUGCUUCGUCGGGAACCCAGUCAUUUGGCAUGGGCGGCAGUCAGGACUCGGCAUAUGAGUACUUCCCCAAGCAGUAUCUCCUCCUGGGCGGUCUGGAGGCCAAGUACCGCUCCAUGCACGAGAAGACAGUCGCUGCAGUCAAAGAGCACCUUCUGUACCGACCCCUCACCCCCGACAACGCCGAUAUCCUGUUCUCCUCCAAGCUCACGAUCAACCCUGCAAAUGAGCUGGAGCUCCCCAGAGACGGCACUCACGGCUACGAGGUCACGCAUCUGGCGUGCUUCCUCGGAGGCAUGUUCGCCAUGGGGGGCAAGAUCUUCGACUCGGACGAGGACCUGGAUAUCGGGCGGCGCCUUACCGAUGGAUGUGUUUGGGCCUACGCCAGCAUGCCGACGGGCAUCAUGGCAGAGAUUGCCUUUGUCACGCCGUGCCUCAAUGCUGGAUCCUGCGAGUGGAAUGAGACGGCAUGGCAUCUUGCGAUCGAUCCGAACCCUAGGAUGAGGGAGGACCAGAUGGAAGCUUAUAUCGAAAGGCUGGCCCAGUGGAAAAUCGAUAAAGAUGAGGCCCUGCGCGCCGAGGCCGUGCUGCAACAGGCUGCAGAAGAGCUGGGGACACCAGUGACACAUGCCCAGGAUUCAAAGCCCCACCCAAAGUCGGGAGUUCCCCAGAGGGACAGAGACGACGGCUCUAUGGGGCGUGAGGACGAUGUACCGUACCGUGCAGGUCGUACCAAGCGAAAUAUUGAUCCGGUGUCGGGAGAUACCCUUGCGUUCGACCCUUCACUACUCAAUCAAGAGGCCAUCGAGGAGAAGAUUAGACAGAUGGACGAGGAGUACUUUGGCGAGCCAGAGGUCCCUUCCAAGCCCCACAGACCUCAGACGCAUGAGGAGUUUGUGGCAGAUCGUAUCAGAAAUGGAGGGCUGCCGCCAGGAUACACCCAAGUGACCAGCAAUGCCUAUCAAUUACGGCCUGAGGCUAUCGAAUCUGUCUGGUACAUGUACCGGAUCACGGGUGAUCCCACGUGGCAGGAAAAGGGGUGGAAGAUGUGGCAGUCCGUCAUCGCCCAUGUGCGCAACAACCCGGCCCACUCGGCCAUCAACGGCGUCAACGACCUGACGAAGCUGCGGCACGCUGGCACCAUGGAGAGCUUCUGGAUCGCCGAGACGCUCAAGUACUUUUACUUGCUGUUCUCGGAGCCGGACGUUGUGUCGCUCGACGACUGGGUGCUGAACACGGAGGCGCAUCCGUUCCGGCGGCCGUCGUGA